CCUCCCCUCCCCGCAGCCUCCUCCAGUCCUCCUCCUCCUCCUCCUCCCUGCCUUUCUCGUGAGCCACCCACAGCCUCGCCCACAGAGACGCCCGCACGCCUCGCCUCCGACUCCGAGGCGCGCACGCUCCUCCUCGCAAUCGCAGUCCCGUCUCCUCUCGCGCGCGUGCUCCCCUCGACUCGCCCCAUCGGUGGCGCCUCCCGUCCGCUCCAUCCGGCUUCUUCUUCCCACGCGCGCUCGAUCUGGUAAUUUCUGGUGCAGAAUAAGCAGAAGAACCGGAGACUUGACACUCUAGCGCAGGGGCCCUGAAAGCAUGCGAUGGCUGGGUCUUUCGGUUGACGUGUUCCGCUGGGGGAUCUCCUUGAACCUUUACUGCCGUGUGAUUCUGUAAAUCACCUCUGUGGAUACUGGAGACAUUCCUGAUUCAUAAGCUUGUGAAGGCAUUUCAAAACUUCCCCAUCCAGUCUCUGGUGUUGCUGUUAAGGUGCUGUGGUUGCUUGGCCAAAGCUUUUGAGGAGAACGGAGUGGAGUACUAAUGGUGUGGAAAGCAGCUGCUCAGACAAGAUUCCGCGUGUUUAAGCAUGAGAACGGAAUCGCUGUGAGAGUUAUAGCUUGCUUCCAGCCGCUGCAGAAUUGCCAGGCCGAGUACUUUCGCCAUCUCCUCAAGCCUGUGACGUAGCUUCGCUCUGCUCUCCAUUUGCUGCUGAAGAAAAAUUUCUGAUUUAGAUUUUUCUCCAUCACAAUUCAAGUGGGAGAAUUCCCCGUUCAUCUGAACUUUCUGCUGGUAAUUUUUUUGGUGGUUGUCUCUUCAUGGCGGACAAGGUUAAUCCUUGGUGCCAUUGGCCUAAUCCUCCAUGGAAAUUCAACACUGAAAGCUCUGCGGGCAAUAUCUACCCACCUGACAUUGGACUUGUUGAUUCCAAUUCGGUGGCAUUGCCUACAUAUCUGAACACUGUUGCUGCACCUGUGCCAUUUUUCACAGCAUCAGUUGCUGACAGACCUCUUCCAAUGGCUCCAAGAUUUGUCACAAAAUUGGCACCGAGUUUUGAAUUUUCUGCACUGUAUCCCUCGCAUAAGAGAUCUCUGGUUUUCUACCAGGAGAAUCAUACUCCUAUUGCAGCUCCUUUGAUAAGCAAGCAGACACUGGAUCCUGUGCCAGAGCUCCAAGGUAGCAAUGAGACUAAUGUAACUGAUGUUGGAGCAGAAGAAACUGAGGGUAUUCAUGAGAACACAGAUGAGAUCAAUGCACUCCUCGAUUCUGACUCAGAUGAAGGGUAUGAAAAGGUUCAAGAACUCAACAGAGUUAGGAAGCCAUCUCCUGCUGAGAAUGACACCUUGAGUGUGGAAUCAGUGGCCAGUGCUGGUGCUAGUGCAGGUUCUGUGCGACCGGCCAAGAAGAGAAAACUCAGCUCUGGCACUGACAAGUCUGUUGUGGACACGGCCAGUUCAGCAAGGCUUGAUCAUUCCAUCGAACAGAAGCUUCUUGUUAAUGACUCUGAUGCACAGUCCUGUUGCAUUGGUGAAGUGGAGAGUGAUCACAAGUUCUUUCUGGGGGAAGGUGAAGCAGCUGAGGGUGACAACCCCGACGAUCAGAAUCGAAGAAGAGAGAGGAUCCAAGAGACUGUUGCUGCACUCAGGAAGAUUGUUCCUGGGGGCAUCGCCAAAGAUGCCACAGCUGUUCUCGAUGAAGCAAUAUGCUACCUGCAGUAUCUGAAACUGAAGGUCAAGACGCUGGGAGCUGUCUCCCUCUAGCUCCUGGGCAGUUGUGAUUUGGUUAAUGAAGCCACUAGCUUGUGCAUAUAUGAAGUGCCAGUAUUAGUAAUAAGGUGAAGAUGCCAAAGAACAAUUUGGUGCUUGAGAGGAUGCACUGGAAGAAAAGGAUCCAGUGGUGUGGCGCUUGCUUGGCAUGGCCCGUACCAAUAACAGGAGGCUUUGAUGAUUGAGUGGACAAUGAACAUGCAGCAUUGCAACCCCACUUAAACUGAAUCAAGGCAUGGAAUGCUUUCUUGCAUUGCGGUGGAGUGCUAGUCCUGGAGGCCACAAGUUCCAACUAGCUCGCCAUACCACUCUCCGGUGAGCUAGUUAGUCUACCACCAUCUUUCUGCCACAGGGCUUCGGUGAUCUUCUCCGUCCCAGACUCCCUGUCGGUGGUGCCUCGGUGCCUUUGCAUCACCACCCUCCUCAAAAGUCCCUCAUGGCGUUGAUAGGAGCAAUAUGUUAUGCAAAGCUACAAAGAUCUUUCGCCGAGCCUGAGCGGGAUCCAAAGCAAGCAAAGGGGCCUAAAGGAGCCCAUUCCAUGCAAAGGGCACUGUUGUGCUGUUUGCGCCCAUGGCUUUUUGACCCAACUACCGGGGGGGGGGGGGGGGGGGGGGGGGGAUAGCUCAAGGUUAGGUUGUGUGGGGAGUUCCUGGGGUCCAACCGGUCCUGCAUUCAGCAAAGUGUUGUGUGGAGCUCAACCUCGUCACCGCCUUUCAUCAACCCCCUGCUUUCUUCUUUCUCCCUCCUCGCUACGUACGCCCACUACCAUAUAUGUGUGCCCGUCUCUGUACUCGCUUUGCCACGGCUUUAUACGCCUUGGCUGGGACCCAAAGCAAAACGCUUUGGUACCUUUGGUGUACGUAUUAUUGCAGUAGUUUCCUGUCGUA